AUGGUCAUUGUUCCUAUUCCGCUGCCAAGUGAAGCGCAAGAGGAUCGCGCUUUGAUGCAAUGUUAUGUUCAGGCUGCCUUCCAUUCGCUGAUUGACAAACUCAUUCAUCAGCUUAAUCGUUUGGCAAAAGCCCUACGUACGGUGGACGAUGUGGAUGAGGAUAUUCAUUGGCUGCUUUAUGGUGCAAGCGUGCACGAUGACAACCGAGCUAUUCGACAGACAGCUCAUUGGGCCUUUAAAUUAUGUGCAGUUGAAACAGCACCGAUUGAAUACGCUGGCUAUUUCCGGCGAAGAGGCCCAUCAUCGGAAACGGUUGAAUUGCAGCGGAAAAUGGCACAGCUUCACACGGAAAACGUUCGAAGAGAGGCACUAAGUUCACAAUGGCUUCCAGUCUACAUAGUGCUAGACUACGACGUCCUCAUUCAACGAUUAAAAACUGUCUGCCCACUUGUCAACUCGACUUCACUUAUUGCAGUGAUACCAUCUUUUGUUCUGAGAAAAUUGGAUGCUAACAAGAACCUUUGUUCGGAAGCCCGUCCAGCGAUAAGAAUGUGUGAAAUGUGGCAAACUCGAGGUCGAAUCAGGGUAGUGGAAGCUUCGUCCCACCAGGAAUGCUGCACCACUUUGGCGGAUUCUGUCACAGCUGUCGGUGAUGUUAAUGGCGAAUCGCCUACACAUGCUAUGGUAGCAUUGCUUGUCGAGGAUCUUGAAAGCUUCCAGGACAUGCGAAUUCCAUGUAAGUAUCGGGUUACUCAUGUUAUUAGUGGUGCUGGCUAG